CAGUCUUUGAGCAGUGGGCCUGGCAGUGAGAUACACCGUGGCAAGGCAUUGGCAUAAGGUGCCAGUGCAGUAUGAGACUUCGAGUCGGUCGGGGCCCAGCAAGGCAGUCAAGUAGAAAUGCCACUCGCCGGCAAGCUCGCCGCCCCAUCCGCAUGACGGUACAUUCCGAAAAUUGAAGUAUGCGCUGAUAAUUUGAUUGCAAGCGGCUCGAUCAGAAAAGGCGGGAUUGCGCCCCCGGCAUCCACAGUGUACUUCUAGACGACACGUUGUGCACGAGCAACGUCCGUUCCUCCGCCCACUCGUGCACAGAUCAUCUCGACAGGGUAUAUCAAUCCCUUUGCCUGUCAUCCGUUGGUUCUUGCCUGGGCGAUGCGCAUCCUGUGCCCGCACUCGGGACUACACAGGCGGUGACCCGACACUAUGUCGUCAACCACGGAACAGGCUAUCACUGCACUCAAUGCCUCAUAUAUAGCAAAUUGCAUCCUCGCCGUGGCUUGCACUCUUUACGUUUAUGAACGAUGCCUCAUUUUCGAUCAAGAGGUCGAGCUCAUUUGGCGACGCAAGUUGUCCAUAGCCUCCGUAGUGUACGGCAUUAUGCAUGUGUCUAUGUUCACUACCCUCUGUACUGGUGUGGCUCUCCUCAUUACAACAAGCUGCAACGUUGGAAUGAUCGUGGGUAUUACUGAGAUUUCCUCCAAGAUAUUGUUUCGCUGGGCCAUUGCAGGCAUUUCGGCAGUGCGUGUAUACGCUAUCAAUGGUCGUACGCUCGGGAUGCCCUCGGCCAUCUUACUUCUCUUCUUGACUUACACGCUGUACGACUUUUACAACGCCUGUAGUUUGUACAAGCUGCGAGCACCACCUCCCGUCGGCUGCCUUCUUCUGUCCAGCAUGCGCCCGGAUGUCCAGCAUGGAUUGAAGAUUGCUGGACUCAUAUGUGCCGCUGUUGCUGAGGCUCUUGUCUUGGUAGCUACCUGGCGUGCUACGUACAGGGCAAGAAGAGCGACGGACAGCUCAAGUAUGAGGACUUCUGUCAGCGGAAUGUUGCUCCGGGACGGGACGGUCUACUUCGGCGUGAUUUUCCUCCUGCUCGUCCUCAACGCCAUAUUGGAGAUCGUAGACACAGAUGUCUCGAUCGCGUCUUUGACCUAUGUCUUGCAGACCUCCUGCAUGUCGCACUUCUACAUCGACCUUCGACAAGCCGCAUCGCCGGAAACGAUGCCCAGCGGUCACUCCCAGAUCCACGUCUCCCUCUCACGCUUCGUAGGCACACUCGAGGGUUCGCUUGUCUUUGGGUCCGACGGAUACGUCGGCGAAGAUGAGGUAAAUGACAGCUCGCUAUGUUCGAACGACAAUUGGGGUGUCAAGUCUGUUGGGGGCAUAGCGAUGGAGAACAUGGCAAACUCCGGAUUCUCACCUGAUCUCAACGCCUCGCUGGCAUUGAAGCAGAAGCAUCUGGGCGCGGAUGCGAAGGCCGUUUGAUGGUGCCCUCUGCUUCAUCGGUCUGCCAUGACUUUGGGGCUACAUAGCCGUCUUUGAUGGUUGUGUUACAUUUUUGGGGUUUGGAGGAUUGUAAUGCCGUAUACUGUCAUCUGUAGACUUGAUGUUGUGUGUACGUACGUAUGUGCAUGUAUGUUUUGCUGGAGUGCCGAGAUAUUUCCUGGUGGCAUUGACGCGCGACUCGGAG